CGGCCUCAGGGACCAGCGGGACGGGGUGCUGUGGCUCUGUGACCGGGGCGAAGGAGGAGGACAUCCCGGUCUUCAAAAGGAGACGGAGGUCCAGCUCCAUAGCGGCCUCGGAAAUGAUGGCUCAUAGUCAGACCAACAAGUCCCACCGCCGGACCUCGCUGCCUUGCAUUCCGCGGGACCAGUCCUCGGGCACCAGUGUGACAGUGGACAUUGCAGUGAUGGGUGAAGCCCAUGGGCUGAUCUCGGACCUGCUGGCUGACCCCUCCCUGCCCCCAAACACCUGCAGCUCUCUGAAGGCCGUCAGCAACCUCCUCAGCACCCAGAUCAAUUACCAGCCAUUGCACCGGCCCCGCAUCCCCACAGACACACACGCCUGCUCUGACUCUGAGGAAGGCCCUGAAAAAACAGAAAAGCUUGCCAUUCCAAAGCGUCUCAGGCGAAGUUUGCCCCCAGGACUGCUGAGGAGGAUCUCAUCAACCUGGACCACCACCACCUCGGCAACAGGCCUGCCCACCAUUGAGCCGGCCCCUGUACGCCGAGACCGCUCAGCCAGCAUUAAACACACUGCAGACAGUGAGUCAUGGACCAACUCGGUGUUGUUGACUAUCUCUAAGAGCCGGUCCAUGUCUGCUUCUUGCACCGCCUCCGUCACCUCCAACCACCUCUAUGGCAAACCACUGGGAAGGCCAGGUUUUCCCCUAUCCAAUGUGUCACCUCUCGGCUCUCCUUGCCCAUCUCCUCCCGUCCAGGGCACUCCAGUGUCCAGCCCUACCGUCAAGACUUUUUCAAUGGAUCUGCCGGAGCCUGCGGGCCCUCUGAUAGAACGGGUUUCUGGUUCUGUGGCCCCCAGGAACCGCCACAGAGCCUUAACUCACAGCCAGAGUGCCCCAAGCUCUACCAUGCCUCACUGGCGGCCUCCAUCACUGUGCAGCAGUUGCGGCAGGCCAUUCAACAACCGGCUAAACCAUGGAGUGGAAUCCAUUGACAAAGGAGACAGAAUACCCCACACAGAUGAGCGUGCAGUAGCCUCAUCAGAUUAUGACAGCACCUAUGACAGCACCUAUGAGACCAACCACAGUGACAGCAGUGACUUUGCACAAAACGAGGAGGAAGGAGAAGGAGGCAAAAAGCCCCUUGAAGCCCGAGAUGGGUGCAGGCAGUAUCAGCCUGAAGGCAUUGUUCUUCACCCCCUCCUAUCAUCUCCAGAGGAAAAAUCGAUAUUAGCCCUGGAGCCUCUGUUGAUUUCAGAGCUGGAGCCCUUGAUGAGUCAGCUCAACACCUGGAACUUCCCCAUUUUCAGCCUGGUGGAGAAGACCCGUGGCAAGACAGGCUGCAUCCUCAGCCAGGUGUCCUACAGACUAUUUGAGGACACAGGUCUCUUUGAGACCUUUAAGAUACCUGUUCAAGAGUUCAUGAACUACUUCCAUGCUUUGGAGAAUGGAUACAGAGACAUCCCAUAUCAUAACCGAAUUCAUGCCACUGAUGUGCUGCACGCUGUGUGGUUCCUCACCACCCAGCCAGUGCCAGGUCUGCCCACCCUGAUGAACCAGCAUGAGACUCACACAGACUCAGAGAAUGGCAUUACAUCCAGUACUACUGGUUUCCUGGUGUCCCAGAUGACCUCUGUGCUGGCGGAGGGCUAUGGCUGUCUGGCGGGCCUCAUCCCCGCCUUGGAGCUUAUGGCUCUGUAUGUAGCUGCUGCCAUGCAUGACUAUGACCAUCCUGGAAGAACCAACGCUUUUCUGGUGGCAACCAGUGCACCACAGGCUGUUUUAUAUAAUGACCGAUCAGUCCUAGAAAACCACCACGCAGCUUCAGCUUGGAAUCUCUUCAUGUCGCGACCAGAGUAUAAUUUCCUAGCUAACCUGGAACAUGUGGAGUUCAAACGCUUCCGCUUCCUAGUCAUUGAAGCCAUUCUAGCCACUGACCUCAAGAAACACUUUGACUUCCUGGCAGAGUUCAAUGCCAAGGUUGGUGAUGAGGGUGUGUCAGGCAUUGAUUGGACCAAUGAAAAUGACCGACUGCUGGUUUGCCAGAUGUGCAUCAAACUGGCAGAUAUCAAUGGACCACUGAAGUGUAAGGAGCUGCACCUGCAGUGGACAGAGGGCAUUGUCAAUGAAUUCUAUGAACAGGGCGAUGAAGAGGCAAGUCUAGGACUUCCCAUCAGCCCAUUCAUGGAUCGUUCAGCACCACAGCUGGCCAAGCUACAGGAGUCCUUCAUCACUCAUAUUGUCGGACCUCUCUGCUCCUCUUAUAACUCUGCUGCACUUAUGCCUGGAUGCUGGGUUGACCCCCCUGAGGGAGGAGCACAAGAGGGAGAGGAGGAGGUCGGAGGACAAGAUACAGAAGAAGAAGACGAGGAUGGGGAUCAUUGCUCGAAUGCUAGCCAACAACAAACAAAGAAGAGCAGGAGGAAAGUGUUUUGCCAGAUCACGCAGCACCUUCUGGAGAACCAUGAAAUGUGGAAAAGAGUCAUCACCACAGAAACCCAGGAGCAGGCUCAGAGAGAGGAUCCUAACUGCAUUGGUGUCCCUACAGAUCCAAUCACAUCUAUUCAUGAGGAGGAGGAGGAGGGUGCAAGUAAAGAGGAGGAGCCAAUAGAUGGCCAAAAUGAAGAGAGCAAUGUCCAGCCUAUAGAGGAAGAGGAAGUUUACCACCAGUCACAGACUUCAGAGGAAAAAGAGUAGGAGCCAGAGUGAUAUGACAAACUUUGACCUUUGACCUUCUCUCAAGGUAGUUGAACAUUGUCCAAAAAGACUAUGUUUGUCUCUUUCCAAACUGAACUCUUGAUACGGUAGCCAGCACAUCAUGUCGACACAACACUGUAGAAGAUGUAUGGGGUAAUAUGUGCCUAACAUAAACAAGGAUAGGGGACAGGACAGAUGAGUUUCAAGUGUGAUAAAUAAGGAGAGGUGAUAAAGAUGGAGUGGGGUGAAGAAGGAGGAGGAGAGUACAAAAAGGAGGAGGAAGAGGAUAAGCGGGUAUGUCUAGUGUUUGUCAUUUAUUUGAUCAGGUACCCUGCCUGUUGCCCUCACCUUACCAGGGAUGCCCAUCCUGCACUAUGGGCUAAUGGAACAGACUCACCUAACCAAUAUCAAUACACCGUCAGUAGCCCCCAAGUUAUUUGUCUCUCCCACGCCAUCAACACACUGUGGAGUCUCUUGGCUGGUCAUGGCUUUUCAACAAUCCCUUGCCCUUUGAAGACAAUGGGAUGAAAGCCAGGAAAAAAGCUGAGUCCGCUAUGGCUUUGCCUUGUGGAUUUAAAGCAGA